AGAGGCGGGACGAGGUGCGGAACCAAUGAGAGACGCGUGAAGAAGGAAGUUGGAGGAAUUACUGCGUCCGCAGAAAGUUGUGGGGGUGGAGUUGUCCCAGCCACGUCGCUGCCUGGGGGAGUUUGGAAUGUUAAUAAACUAGGUUUAGCAGGAAUGAAGAAAAACAGUUGGCGAGAGAGAAACAGUUGGCGAGGCCGAGACAAUCAUGUAUGGAGCAAUCGAAGGCAAACUUAUAAUCACCAGCCGUACAGGGUACGUCACUAUGGGAGCUAUGCAGAAAGGCAAGUGCAGGUCUGAACAAGAACAAUUGCAAAACUCACAGAGCCCAGGUAUGAGCCAAAAUGAAUCUCCCUCUACAUCGUCUAACAUGUGCCAGAACUCUCCAGUGCCUGAACUACCAGGAUUUUACUAUGAUCCUGAAAAGAACCGUUAUUUCCGUUUACUUCCUGGGCAUAACAACUGCAAUCCUCUCACCAAGGAGAGUAUUCAGCACAGAAAGAUGGAGUGUCAAAGGCUGAGGCUCUUGGAGGAAGAGGAGAAAAGCAUAAAGAAAACAUCCAGGUUUGGAUUGAACUCUUCAAUCAUUUUGCGCAAGAGGCAGCUAGGUCUGUUCAGCUCUAUCAGCUAUUGCAGGCUGAUCCAUGAAUUAAAAGUGAAUUGCAUGCAGAGAAGGAAAUUAGAAAUUGAAAGCCCAGAUUCCUCCAUUUCUGGAAGCAACAAUUUUAAACUGAUAAUGGCAGACAGUGCCUAUGAAAGAAUAUUCACUGUGAAUGAUGUAGAGCAUGGAGGAUGUAAAUGUGGUAUUGUCAACCUUGGUGGCUUGGGAAAGGAUUCUCUAACUGUGGAAAUGUACAACAACCUCUAUUUCACAAACCGCAAGGUGAAUUCUGUAUGUUGGGCAUCACUGAGUCAUCCAGAUUCCCAUAUUUUGCUGUGCCUCAUGGGCAUUGCAGAAACUCUAGGCUGUGCCAGCCUACUCCCAGCAUCUUUGUUCAGUAACUCUAAUACAGGUAGUGAUCAACCUGGAAUGUUGUGCAGCUUCAAGAUUUCCACAGCCUGGUCCUGUGCCUGGUGCCUGAAUCCUCAGGCUGAUAAUUUUUUUAGCACAGGUUUAAGUCAACAAGUCCACGUGACCAAUGCAGUGACCGGUCAUCGUCAAAUAUUUUAUACCAGCAGUGAUACUCUAGCGCAGCAGUUCGCCACCCAGACUCCAGUGCUGUAUAAUGGCUGCCGUUCAGGGGAGAUUUUCAGCAUUGAUGUUCGUCGGCACAGCAAUAAAGGGCAAGGGUUGAAAACCGUCCGUCUCUUUCAUGACUCAGCAGUCACAUCUGUUAACCUUCUGAAGAAUGAGCAGUACCUCAUGGCUGCAGACAUGGCAGGCCAGGUAAAACUCUGGGACCUGAGAACUCUGAAAUGUGUGAAAGAAUAUCGAGGUCAUCACAAUGAACAUACCAUUCUCCCUUUGCACAUCAGUGAGGAAGAAGGGCUUCUUACAGCAGUGGGCCAGGACUGUUAUACGCGAAUUUGGAGUCUCCAAGAUGCUCAUUUGCUACGGACAAUGCCUUCUCCCCAUCCAUCUUCCACUGACUCCAUCCCAAGUGUGGCGUUCUCAUCACGACUUGGAGGCACUCAAGGGGUUCCUGGGUUGCUUAUGGCAGUCAAACAGGAUCUCUAUUACUUCUCCUAUAAAACAGAUGAUCCGUACUGUCUGCAUACCAAAGUUAUGGAUCAUUCCAUUCCUUCUUGAUGACUAAGAACAAAAAUGUGAUGGGUGUCUAUCCUCCAUAUUAUUGUAUUUACAUGGACUGUGGUUCUUUCCUUUAACAUUCUAGACCUUAAUCAAUUUCAGGAACACUUUUCAGUUUUUUAUUUCUAGAGGAUUGUAAAUAAAGUCAAAGAAUGAUUAUGGGAACAUGAGAUGAUGUUGCUAUUUCCAAACAAUUAUUUAAUUUUUAAUGCAUAUUUUAAUGCAGAUGCUGAAGCUUGUUAGAGAAAAUUUCCAAUAUUCUCGUGUCUUUCAAUAUUCUGCUUAACAGUCUCUGUGCUACAUUUUUGCUGCUAAUUGUUCACUUGGAGAGAUUACAGAUUUAUAUAAGCAUGCAUGCACACACAAAAGUAACAGAACAGCACUGCAAAAUAAAAGAAGAUACUUUGGAA